AAACAGACAAGGAAACAACAACAAGAAGAAGAGCACAAGUGAAGCAGAAGCGAAGCAAAAAUAACACAGCACAACAUUGUCUUCCGACUCUCUUUCUCUCUGUUUCUUUAUCCGCUGCUGCUGCUGCUUCUUCUUCCCUGUACACCACCAACAGCAACAGAAAAACCCCAGCUCGCAAGAGGAGGAGUAGGGAAAGAAAAGGUCUAGGAAAUGGGAAUUUUGUAUGAUGAUGUAGUGAUAAUUAGACACUCAGAGAAAGAAGGAGACCCUGCUGUUAUCACUGUGAAUUGUCCUGACAAGACUGGUCUUGGUUGUGAUUUAUGUCGUAUCAUUCUCUUCUUUGGCCUUAGCAUUGUUAGAGGAGAUGUUUCUACGGAUGGGAAAUGGUGCUACAUAGUGUUUUGGGUGGUUGGCAAAUCAACAACAAGGUGGGGUUUAUUGAAGAAGAGAUUAGUAGGGGCAUGCCCUUCUUGCUCUUCAGCAUCUGGGAUUUCUUAUUACACUGCAGAAUUGCAGCCUCCAAGACCACCUGAUGUUUUCCUCUUGAAGUUAGCUUGUCAUGACAGAAAAGGGCUUUUACAUGAUGUGACCGGGGUUCUUUGUGAGCUUGAACUCACUAUAAAAAAAGUGAAGGUAUCCACAACACCGGAUGGGAGAGUAAUGGACCUAUUCUUCGUUACAGAUACAAGAGAGCUCCUGCAUACAAAUAAGAGAAAGGAGGAUACAUAUGAUCACUUAAGAGCUGUCAUGGGAAAUUCAAUGAUAAGCUGUGACAUAGAAAUGGUUGGCCCUGAAAUUACUGCAUGUUCAGCAGAAUCUUCAUUUCUUCCAACUGCAAUCACAGAAAACAUUCUCCCUUUGCAAAUGCCAGAUGAACUCCCCAGUUCACUAACUUCCACUAGUGUUUCUGUUAUAAUGGACAACUUGCUGAGUCCAGCUCACACCCUUGUUCAAAUUGUGUGCCAAGAUCACAAGGGUCUUCUUUACGACAUAAUGAGGACUCUAAAGGAUUACAAUAUACAGAUUUCUUAUGGACGCUUUUACAUAAAACACAGAAGGACCUGUGAGAUUGACUUGUUUAUCAUGCAAGCUGAUGGGAAGAAAAUAGUUGAUCCUAACAAGCAGAAAGCACUGUCCUCCCGUUUGGAGAUGGAACUAGUGCGCCCUCUCCGAGUAGCUGUUGUCAGCCGUGGUCCUGAUACAGAGCUGAUGGUGGCGAAUCCUGUGGAGUUAUCCGGCAAGGGCCGACCUCUUGUUUUCCAUGACAUCACUCUUGCUCUCACGAUGCUUAACAGUUGCAUUUUCUCGGCUGAGAUUAGGAGGCGCAUGAUUGGAGAUCGGGAAUUCGAAGUGUACAGAGUAUUACUUGAUGAAGGGGAAGGCUUGGCUGUUCCACGAAGAAAAAUUGAGGAACAAGUCUGGAAGAUGUUAAUGGGCUGGGAGCAAUGAACAAUUUCAAAUAUCCUUCCGAACAUGGCAAUGGUCUAUUGUGAAGUAUACUUAUCCCUCAAACGACUAGUAUGCAAUGUAAAUCCUGGGCUAUAUAUCACUGAAAGUUUGAGCUGUUCCACAUCAAUCCUUGCAGCUCCUCUAACACAAACUUCAUAGCGUAACGAUGACAACUUGGUGGCAGGAGAUAAGAUGAGUGAAGCUGACAUGGUAUUUUUACACUUGAAAUCAUUGCAGACAGACAUGUAGCCAUGGCAUGAACAUUUUGGCAUGGCAGAUUCGUUUCUGUUGGUGGAUGCAUGUGGACGCUCAGUUCAAAACCAUUAGUACCUUGUAGACUGUAGAGCUCCUUUUUGUACAUAAAAGCUGUAUGUAGAACUUGUAGUUUGGCAGUAUGUUGUGCCAAUAGAAGGAGCUGUAAAGAAACUAUCCAUGUGAAGCUAAUAACACAUCAGUUGCACAACAAAUUCUUGUA